ACUUCCGGUAAACAUCAGCAACUUCCGAUAGUGAAGCAAAGCUCGAUCUCAGUCUGGCGACAACACCUCGAGUUAUUUCGAGUAUUGUAGGCGGUUAAUUUCCCGCCAUUACUUGCUCUUUUCACGAAAUAGUUCUUCGGUCAUAAAGAAGCAACAUGACGGACAACCAGUAUUCAAGUUACCAACAACAGGGAUACAAUCAAUAUAGUCAACCCCCUCCGACAACAGGACAGGAUACAUCUUAUCCGCCACCUUCUACCGGUGGUGGUAAUUAUAAUCAAUAUAGUCAACCUCCUCCAAACACUGGAGGCAGUUAUGGGAGCUAUGGCAAUGUUUAUACCGGAAGUGGUCAAGAUUAUAAUCAAUCGCCAGGUCAGGGUAGUUAUGGACAAAACAGCUACAGUGGUGGAAGUAACUCCGGAAAUAGCGGUAGUGGCAGUUAUGGAGGAGGAAGUUAUGGUCAUGGAGGAAGUAGCAAUAAUAGUGGCAGCGGUGGUGGAUACAGUCGCAGCAACUCUGGUGGAGGAUAUGGCGGAGGUCAAGGUGGUGGUGGAGGAGGUAGAUAUGGCGAUCGUGGAGGAUAUGGUGACCGCUCUGGUGGAGGAUACAACAGUGGCGGUGGCCGUGGUGGUUAUAACAAAGGGGGCUACGGUGACCGUAACAGUGGUGGCGAUGGAAUGGUCGUACAAGAAGAUACCAUUUUCGUGUCUGGUAUGGAUCCAUCUAUCUCAGAAGAAGAGAUUUGUGAACAUUUUGGAGCCAUUGGACUUAUCAAGCACGAUAAACGUACCGGAAAACCAAAAGUGUGGAUGUAUAAAGAUAAAAACACUGGAAAAUCUAAAGGAGAAGCAACGGUCACCUACGAUGAUCAAAAUGCUGCACUCUCAGCGAUAAGAUGGUUCGAUGGGAAAGAUUUCAAAGGUUGCAAGAUUAAAGUACAAAUAGCACAACAUAAGAGUAGUUGGCAAGGUAACCGCAGUAGUGGAGGUCGUGGAAGUGGUGGUAGAGGAAGAGGAGGUGGUGGAUUUGGUGGACGUGGAGGAGGUGGUGAUCGAGAUGAUCACCAUCGUGGAGGUGGUGAUGAUCGUCGUGAUGGAGGAGGACGAGGUGGUGAUUGGAGAUGUCCAAAUCCAGAUUGUGGCAACACAAACUUUGCUUGGCGAGAUCAUUGUAACCUUUGUAAAAGUUCUAAGCCAGAAGGAGCAGGUAGCGGAGGAGGUGGUGGUGGUGGUGGUGGUGGUGGCGGUGGUGGUGGCGGAGGUGGAAGAGGAGGCGGUGGUCGUGGUGGUGGUGAUCGAGGUGGUCGCGGUGGUUUCAGAAGUGAUAGAGGUGGUGGACGAGGAGGAGAUAGAGGAGGAAGAGGUGGAGGUUUCCGUGGUGGUGAUAGAGGUAGAGGAGGUGGAAGAGGUGGACCAAUGAGAGGAGUAGGAGGACGCGGAGACAGAGACAGAGAUCGUCAACGUCCCUAUUAAAUUUGUAUUCGCAUAAUAAUUCGAAAUAUCGCCUGGCAACAGUCUUAAUACAUACAUAUUUUGUACGUACUCUUCUCGAGUUGUGUACGUUAUUUCUUAAUGAAAUAAUCAUGUGUUAUACUCCAUCAUUACCAUUCAGUUUUGUCACACAGUUUUUAUAUUUACAAAACAAGAGGAUGAGGCUAUGUACGUUUUACAUUCAUGCAAAUAAUAACCUUCCAUGUAAAGUUAACUUUUAAUAAAUAAGACAUUAGUCUAGUACACAUAAAAAAUAAAUUACAAAGAAAUGUCUAAAAAAUGUUGUGUUUACCUUAUUAUUAAUUUAGAUAUAUAUUCAUAUUAUAUAUAUAUACAUUAUAUAUAUAUAUAUAUACACAUAUACAUAUACAUGUAUGAUAUUAUAUACAAAUAUUUCAUAUAUCGUAAAAAUAAACUUUCUAGAAGAAUAAAGCCACGAAAUAAAAACUCGGAAAAUUUGUUUAUUGAAAGUUAAAAAUAUACAAUAAAUUUAUAUGCAUGUACAUAUCUUGUAUAAAUCUAAUACAGAAAUCGUAAUUCAUAGAAGGAAGUGACAAUAUUGACGACCCAAAUAAUUACAUUGUACCAUACCGGCGGAUAUAACGUUUUAUAAGUACUUUAAAAUAGUAAACGAGCACUAAUCAUUUAACUUGCUCUUCGUAGUAAAUAUAACUUUGUAUUAUUAUGUUUUUUUUUGUUUAUGAACUAUAUAGAUAUACGUAUUGGGUGUGUAUGUUCGUGUGUCGUGUUCAU